AAAGAAACUGUUUUAUACGGCCAGUCGAGUCAACACAGUAGCGUUCAGAAACGCGCGUGUUUUUAGCGGAAUAGCUCACUUUCAAAACAAUUACGUAACUUUUUCACAGAAAGGUUUCUGAAACACCGGAGGAGAUGUGUACAGUCCAGGAUGGAAAGAUGUUCCAGGACAUGGAGCAGAGAUUGCUGGAUGAAGGUUUGGACUCUUCAGCAUCCAGUGAAGAGCGUCUGCAUUUUUUGUGGAAUCUUUACAUGAGCAGUGAAAGUACUGUGAGCUCUCUCAACCAGCAGAUACAAGAUCUGCACAAAGAGCGUGUCGCUGAGAUCGAAAAGGUUCAGCAAUAUGUCAGUCAUAUUAAGAGUCUCACAAAGACACGAGACUCUGUGGCGUUACAUCUCGAGCAAGAAAAUGAAACGCUUCGUGGCACUAUAGAAGACAUUCGUCUGCAGCAAGAGACACAGAGGAGCGAGAUCGCUGAGAUGUUGCUUCAAGAGGGUCUGGCUGAUAUUAUUCCCAUCAGCCUCUGCGAGCAGGUGGCCUACCUCCUCGCCGACAGAGCCUCUCUGCAGGAGAAAACACAAAGCCAGGAUGUGGAUAUGAAGGCAACAUGCUAUCCUGAUGGCCAAAAGGAGCCAACCUCACAGGGUCUUGGAGAGAAUGUGGUCGAGGUGGCACCACGACAAGUUCAGAGCCCUUGGAAGAGACUCCUUGGACUCAAAAAGGCUGCUCAGAGUAAACAGAAGUUGACUCCUGUGGUUGAUUCACAGUACUGUGGGAAUAGUAAUCUGAAGGUGCGAACGCUGCAAGAACUGGAGCGAGAUGUAGAAGAGGCCUCUGCGCGCCUCACCAUGGCCCACAAGGAGAUCCGCAGACUCACGGAUGAGCUUGAGUCUGCUCACCUAACCCAGAAAGCUUAUGAACCAGAGCUGCAAGAAGCUCAGAUGAAGGUUGAGCUCCUCAGACAGGAAGUGGAGAAGCUGAAGCGCUGUGAUGUGGCAGAACUACAAAAAACCAAAGAAACAAACAAAAAAUUGGAGGAAGAUUUGUGCCAUCUAAGGGAGACAGUGAAGAUACUACAAGCAGAACGUCUACAAUUGCAAGUGUUGGACGAAAACUCUGACAGCACUACCACUCCACCACAAGAAAAGACGCCACAGGAAGAGAAUAUCCAUAAACGGUGUCUUGAGGAGAUGCAGGAGAGGUUGAGCGUCCUACAAGAUAUGACGCAAGUCACGUUCAAGCUCCAGGUGGAGUUUGAGAUGGAAGCAGAUCUGAGGAGGAGAGCAGAGGAGGAAUGUGAGGAACACAAGUUGAAGAGGAUAGAGGCAGAGCAGCUGGUUCGAGACUUCCAGAGACUCUGUGAGAAGCAGGCAGAAGAUUAUAGGACCACCACUGGCAGCCUUCACGUGGAGAUCAGAGAUUUAGUGACUAAGUUACAAGAGCUAGAGGCGCAGGAAGUGGAAAGACAAUGCAAGGAACACCUGAAGCAGUUGUCGUCUCUGGACGAUGAAAUUUGCAAUCUGAAGUCAGUCAUCCAGGAAAUGCAGGAGAAGAUGAGACAGCAGGCCACGGCCAUGCAGAGGCAAAUUGACCAGACUAAAGCUUUGGUCCAGUCACAGGAGGUUCAGCUACAGCAGGAUGCUGAGAAGCAAAAGAGGUUGGCUGUGGAACUUCAGAGCACCCAGAACAUCCUUAGCACCACCAAACUUGAACUGCUCUCCGAGCGAGAAAACAAUGCACAGCUACUAAGAAAUAUCACUGAUCUGGAGCAGGGAAACUUGAAGCUCCAAGAAUAUAUUAAUGACUUGGAGAGCAGACUGACCAGCAGUCAACAGGAGACUGAAUCUCUCAGGACAGAACUUCAGCUCACCCUUGUUAGUGUGGAUGCUGAGAGGAGUAGAUACAACAACAAACGAAUCCGCUAUAAAAAUAAGCUGAGCCGUGCCAAAGGGGUGUACCUGAGGGAAAUAGGGUGGCGCGAUGAAAAAAUAAAGGACUUGGAGAAAGAGAUUUUCAUUCUCAAGAAGCAGGAAGAGAAGAGGUCAAACAUGAUGGAGAUAAUUUCAUCUGAAAAUGAGACGCUGCUUCAGAAGACGAGAGAUCUUUUUUCUCAACAGCACGAUUUGGAAGAGGCGCAAAAAAAUGCUUUAGAUACAGUUUCCUCCAUGCAGAUGAGGAUACAUUUGCUUGAAGAAGAAAAUAUUCAUCUACAACGAACAACGGCACAAAUGUCCGAGCGCAUUGAAUGCCUGGCAAUACUGGCCGAGACGAACUGUGACAAUUCUUCAAGUCCAGUAAAAACUACUUUGAGAUUAUAUAAAAGCUGUUUGUUGCUCAUUUUAGUUUAUUUUCUGUAGUGUGUUGGUUUUUGCAAUCUGUUGUGGUUGUUAUUCUGAUAGUUUAGGUUGUGUACGAGCAAUCAGAUUUCUAACACUAUGUGACCUGUGUUCACAUUUUCCUACAGGAAGUCUCUGCAGAGAGCCGCGUCAUAGAGGGAGAAGACCAAUCUACCCUGCCCACAUAAACAUCUUCAGAUCUCUUUUCAUUGUAAAUAACUCCUAAAAUUAUUUUUGUACAUUUUGUAAGUUAUAAAACCUAUUAAUAUUUCUAAAUAAUCAUACAAAUGAUCUCAAGCUGUUUUUAUUUUAUGCAACAAAAACCUUCCAUUCUUCUCAUUUGAUUCAUGUAAGGGGUUCUGCAAAAAAUUUCAGAGAAAAAGAGAAAAAUGCUGACCUUUUUUUUUUUUUUACAUUAUUACCGUUUCAUUCUGAAAUCACGAUUAUUUUAUUGUAUUGACACCCAUAGUAAGAAAUAAAAACAGAAAUAAAAAUAAAUUGGCAUAUCAUUUAAAGGAAUAUUCUGGGUUCAAUACAAGUUAAGCUCAAUCGACAGCAUUUGUGGCAUAAAGUUGAUUACAACAACAAUUUAUUUUGACUCGUCCCUCCUCUUUAAUAAAAGCAAAAAUCAAGGGGGUCUGGGUAGCUCAGUGGUAAAAGACGCUGGCUACCACCCCUGGAGUUUGCUAGUUCGCUAGAAUCCCAGGGCGUGCUGAGUAACUCCAGCCAGGUCUCCUAAGCAACCAAAUUGGUCCGGUUGCUAGGGAGGGUAGAGUCACAUGGGGUAACCUCCUCGUGGUCGCGAUAAUGUGGUUCGUUCUCGGUGGAGCGCGUGGCGAGUUGGGGUGAGGCCUCCACGCGCGCUAUGUCUCCGUGGCAACAUGCUCAACAAGCAACGUGAUAAGAUGCGUGGGUUGAUGGUCUCAGAUGCGGAGGCAACUGGGAUUCAUCCUCCGCCAUCCGGAUUGAGGCGAAUCACUACGUGACCACGAGGAUUUAAAAGAGCACUGGGAAUUGGGCAUUCCAAAUUGGGUGAAAAAGGUUCCAGUGAGUCACUUACAAUGGAAGUGAAUGGGGGCCAAUUUUUGAACGUUAAAAUACUCACUUUUUCCUAAAAUAAGACAAACAAUGUGUGUGUAAACAUAAUUUUAGUGAUAAAAUAGCUUAUUAACCUUUUCUGUAUAAAGUUAUAGCCAAUUUUACAACUUCUUUACCAUGACGAUGUAGUCAACAAAUCCUAAAAUUACUGUAAAAACUGAUUUAAACAACUUUACAGCUCAAAUAAUACAUGAGUUUUAACAGAAUUCAUGUGUGCUUUUAUAAAAUUAUAAGUUUCACAUUUCUGCCUUUAAACCCUCCAAGUAUUAGCCCCAUUCACUUCCAUUUUAAGUGCCUCACUGUAACCUCCAUUUUUGCUUUUUGCUUUUUUUUUUUUUAAAGGAGGGAUGAGUCGAAAUACGUUUUUUGUGGUAAUCAACAUUGUCACAAAUGCU